CGUAAAAUCAAUGUUGGAGAUUGUCGCUGCAUGCAGCGAAAGGUUUUAUAUCAGGUACAUAACUUGCACCAGACCCCGUCUAUUAUAAGGUAUGUAUGUGUUGCGUACUUGCGUCAUAAGAAAAAAAUGGUCAACUGACGCCAUUGUAACCACUAACCACAUGCACUCACUGGCUAUGCAUGCAAACACAAUGAGAUCACGGGAUGGCCUAAGAGUAAACCAACUUUGGAAUCCCAAAAAUUUAUAGCCAUGUGUCGUUUUUGAUGAAAUUCGUUUCCAAUAAAAUUUAGAAACAAACCACAAAAAUACAAAGUAAUUUUUUAACUUAAAUGGGGAAAAUAAACUUUGGAGUCACGAGAAAGAGAUAGGGCUUAAAGCAGCAACGAUACACCUGUGAUACGUUUCGUUUUCGUUUGUUAUCACAAUUUCAUGGACUAUAUACAUUUAGCUUAGCUUGCAAGAGAAACCAUCUACUUGAGCUUCAAUACAAUAAUUCCGGUUCUCUAAAAAUGGCAGCCAAACUUAACCUCAUUGUUUUCUCCAUUGUUAUGUUACACCACCUUAUAUCUGUCCAAAUGCAUCCCAUACACGCUAAGUCUCCUUCUCCACAACCACAUCCACCACAGUCUCAACCCCAUCACAAUAGCUCUCAAAACGGUACUACUGAAGGCAGUCUCAAGCUCCAAGAGUGUGGGCCACGGUGUGGACAUAGAUGCUCGAAUACACAAUACAAGAAGCCAUGUUUGUUCUUCUGCAACAAAUGUUGUACCAAGUGCUUGUGUGUGCCUCCAGGUACGUAUGGCAACAAGCAAGUCUGUCCUUGCUACAACAACUGGAAAACUAAGCUUGGUGGACCAAAAUGCCCUUGAUUUCUCCUCUUAGUUUGUUAAUAAUCUAUCUACCAUAAUGUUCUAUAUAUGUGUUGGACUAUUUGGCCUAAUCACAUCAAUAUAUCCACUUCAAAAUUUACAGCUUCUUAAAAACUUACUAGCUGUGAAUUAAUUACUAAUUGAGACUUAUUCUGGUUAACUUACUUCAUUUUAUUGUUCUUGAAGAAGCAGAGAGCUAUUUCUUAAAAAUACCAUUGAACAAACAAACAAAAUUCCGUCGACACACGACAAACUUCAAACUACAAUUAAGAAUGUCCCUAAACUUUUGUCUGCUUUUCCAAACCUGUCAAGAUCGACAUUGAAGUUUAGUCUUUUUUGUUUGUUAGGUUAGGUAGAUAAUCUUUGUUCUUAUCUUAUCUUUACCGAUAUUUACUCUAACAAAAACCCCAAUCUCGAAUAUUUAUUUUUUCCAUUCAUUUAUCAACUUGUAGAAAGUUACAUUUAUCCUAUUUAUAGCUGCAUAAUUUAUUUCCAGUAUCCAAUUUAAAAUUCCCAGCAAGCUUUUAAAUUACGGUUUUGAAACUUUCUUGGUUUCGAAAUAAAGACUUAAAAAAAAAACAUUUUCGUUUUAACAACUUUUUUUUGUCAAGUAUAAACAAAAAUAUUUACAUGAUAAUAGCUCAAGUGUUCAACAGUUUAUCUUUUGAACGUAUAUAGUAAAGAGCUGAACAGUUUCAUCACAAAAAAAACUCUAAACACUCGCCUUUUUACUAGACUUUUCAGUUAUAAUGCAAGUACAGUUACAUUAAAUAAAAUAAAAAAAUUUAAAAAGAAAUGAACUGUGAAACACGAUAAAAAAGAUCAUCACUAGGAAACUUCCAGGAAACUCCCAAUGGGUAACUCAACACACUUCACUCUCCCAUUUAACCUCGCCACUGUCUCUCCUUUCUUCUCCACUUUAAAAAAACUUUCUCCAUCAAAAACAAAUCUUUUAUUUCCCGCAAUGAAAUUCGCAAAACUGAAUCCAAAACGUUUGUUCAGAUCCAAAGACCGUUCAACGGUCUCUAAAUCCACCGCUUCCUCUUUCUCCUCCGGCGCCGCCGACGAGUGUAAUAAUCACUCCUCCGCCGUCACCGGAGGCUCCGUCACUCCCACCAGCAUCCUCCCGGAGGUCUCAGCCGUUCAUUCUCCCUACUCGUACGUCGAGAUCCUCCAGGCGUUCAAGCUGAUCGACAGAGACAACGACGGAGCCGUCUCGAGGCACGACCUCGAGUCGCUCCUCACGCGCCUCGGUCCCGAUCCUCUGACGGAGGAGGAGAUCGACGUCAUGCUCAAGGAGGUGGACUGCGACGGAGACGGUACGGUGCGCCUGGAAGAGCUCGCCAGCCGCUGCGUCGAUGAUGAUCAGUCUCGCGGUGGCUCGGACGAGCUGAAGGAGACGUUCGAGUUCUUCGACGCGGAUCGCGACGGUAAGAUCUCGGCGGAGGAGCUUCUUCGAGUUUUCUCGGCUAUUGGAGACGAGCGGUGCACGUUAGAGGAGUGCGAGCGUAUGAUAGCGGCCGUUGACGAUGACGGUAACGGAUUCGUGUGCUUCACUGAGUUCUCGAGAAUGAUGGAUCUCCAGCGAUGAUCUCUCUUAAUUAGUUUUUUUUUUCUUUUUGUUAAAUGAAGCUCUUUUUGCCCUAAUAUGAGGGUUAUGAGUAUCGUUUGUUAAGUUUGCCUGAGAUUCGAAGAGCCGAAUAAAACAUUAGUGAGAGUCA